CCCCGACAACGGACAUAACAACAGCCAUUUGAAAGGGCACAACCUUCGUCUUCAGAUCUAGCCCCCCCCCCCCCCAUCUCCGAUCUCGAACGCCAUGGCGUUUUUGAGAUCGCUUGCCUUCCCUACGCUGGUGUUUGCUGCAAUUCUUCUGCUCCUUAUCCAUGGCGCUCACUGUUUCUAUCUCCCCGGCGUUGCUCCACAGGACUUCGAACAGGGAGAUACACUGCAAGUGAAAGUUAACAAAUUAACAUCAACGAAGACUCAACUCCCUUACUCAUACUAUUCACUUCCGUACUGUCGCCCUGAUAAAAUAAAGGACAGUGCAGAAAAUCUUGGGGAAGUACUACGUGGUGACCGGAUUGAAAAUUCCCUUUAUGUGUUUAAAAUGCGUGAGCCACAAAUGUGCAAUAUAUUGUGUAAGCUGACGCUUGAUGCCAAAACUGCAAAGGAGUUUAAAGAGAAGAUUGAUGACGAGUAUCGGGUGAACAUGAUCCUAGAUAAUCUUCCUCUGGUUGUUCCCCUAAAGCGAAUUGACCUGGAUUCUACAGUUUAUCAGCUUGGUUUCCACGUUGGACUCAAAGGCCAAUAUACUGGGAGCAAGGAGGAGAAGUAUUUCAUCCACAACCAUCUGGCAUUUACCGUCAAGUAUCAUAAGGAUUCACAGACUGAAUCUGCCAGGAUUGUCGGUUUUGAGGUUAAGCCAUUCAGUGUUAAACAUGAAUUCGAAGGAAAAUGGGAUGAGAAGAAGACCCGUUUGACAACCUGUGAUCCUCACACUAAACGCACAGUUGUCAACUCCAACACUCCUCAAGAAGUCGAGGAGAACAAGGAAAUUAUAUUCACAUAUGAUGUUGAAUUCCAGCCAAGUGACGUGAAGUGGGCUUCGCGGUGGGAUACUUAUCUGCUUAUGACUGACGACCAAAUUCACUGGUUCUCUAUUGUGAACUCAUUGAUGAUUGUUCUCUUCCUCUCGGGAAUGGUGGCGAUGAUAAUGCUUAGAACACUUUACCGUGACAUAUCAAAAUACAAUGAGCUUGAGACACAAGAGGAAGCCCAAGAAGAGACUGGUUGGAAGCUUGUCCACGGGGAUGUGUUUAGACCCCCUAACCACUCUGAUCUGCUCUGUGUUUAUGUUGGAACUGGCGUUCAAUUUUUCGGGAUGAUAUUAGUGACCAUGAUAUUUGCCAUCCUUGGUUUCCUCUCUCCUUCAAACCGGGGUGCACUGAUGACAGCUAUGCUUUUGCUUUGGGUUUUCAUGGGGCUCUUUGCUGGUUACUCUUCUUCUCGCUUGUAUAAGAUGUUCAAAGGAUCAGAGUGGAAGAAAAUUGCCCUCAGGACUGCAAUCAUGUUCCCAGCAACUGUCUCUGCAAUUUUCUUUGUGUUGAACGCUCUCAUAUGGGGUCAAAAAUCAUCUGGAGCUGUUCCUUUUGGUACCAUGUUUGCUUUGAUCUUUUUAUGGUUUGGGAUCUCGGUUCCACUUGUUUUUGUGGGUAGCUAUGUUGGAUUCAAGAAGCCUGCUAUUGAGAGUCCCGUGAAGACGAACAAAAUCCCAAGGCAGAUUCCUGAGCAGGCUUGGUACAUGAACCCAGCCUUUUCAGUUCUGAUCGGAGGAAUACUCCCAUUUGGAGCCGUUUUCAUUGAGCUUUUCUUUAUUCUCACCUCGAUCUGGUUGAAUCAGUUUUACUACAUCUUCGGGUUCCUCUUUUUGGUCUUCAUCAUCCUCCUUGUCACUUGUGCAGAAAUAACCGUUGUGCUUUGCUACUUCCAGUUGUGCAGUGAGGAUUACCUGUGGUGGUGGCGGUCAUACCUCACAUCUGGAUCUUCUGCGCUUUACCUCUUCCUUUAUGCCACAUUUUACUUCUUCACAAAGCUUGAAAUCACAAAGAUGGUGUCUGCCAUAUUGUACUUCGGUUACAUGCUUAUAGCUUCUUAUGCAUUUUUCGUGCUAACCGGCACCAUCGGAUUCUAUGCCUGCUUUUGGUUCACAAGGCUUAUCUACUCCUCGGUGAAAAUUGAUUAGUUACAGUAGCUGGUUCUGGUUGAAUAUACUUGGAAGAUGGAAGAAAUGUUAUGCAAGGUUUUGAUCAGGUACUUAAGGAUUUAAAAUUCAGCUCCCGUCAUGCUCAGAUGUAACCUAUUUUCUGUACAAUUUUGAACUGAGGACUGCACAUGUUUUUUACCCCCCAUUUCAUUUCCCAGCCAAAAUUCUUAAUGUAGGAUUCUUCGCAAGUAUAGCUCGUGUUUACGGUCAUUCUUGGGAGAAUCAGAAGAUUUCCGUCGAAGAUGAUGUUUUAUGAUUAAAAGAUGUAUCCUAACAAUUAUAAUAUCGUCAAACCGCAUGAGUCGUGCAUCUCGGACUCGUCGGAUUAUGCCCGAGUCGUAUUGCGAAUGAAAAGUUAACAUUAAGCUUUGCUCUUGACAA